AUGAUAUACUGGGCAAACCAACAGCGCUUCCUGGAAUGCCUUCUCCAUGAGGGUACAGCAAUGAAGGCUGACCAGCACCUUUCCUACGAUCGGACCUAUGCAGUUCACGGGAGCAGUUCCUCGGAUCCAGCUUCACCAGCGAUGACACAGUGGUCAGCCAGGAGUCGACGUGCAGUGGGGUCAAGGCUUCACCUACCGAAUGCGAUGCCGAUCCGGUGCGGAUCUGAUUUGGUGUCGCUCCCAACGGAGCUGACCGGAAAGAGGGGGAUGACUCCCCGAUAUUCCCCGUUUUCCACCGCUGACUUUUGGAAGGUCUUUCCGGUGUUUCUUUCCGAUGUUCAUACGUCUUCAGCCGUCAGAAACGUCCAGUGUCCAGGGCGCCAGGGCACUGCUUUCCCUCGAAAUUGA